AUGGGCUUUGGUCUUCCCAACUUGGAAUUUUUUAGCAUCCACGGCAAUCGGUUUGUUGGAUCAGUCCCUCUAUCGAUACCUAAUAAUGCCACAAACCUAGGAACACUUCAACUGGGACACAACAAACUAUCGGGGAACGUACCUUCUUUAGAAAGUUUGCGGAACCUUCAACGGGUGAGCGCUGACUAUAACCACCUUGGGAGUGGGGGAUCUGGUGACUUGAACUUCCUUUGCUCAUUAACCAAUAGCACUAGCUUAACCUACUUGAGUAUGGUAGGUAACAAACUUAGUGGGCUAUUGCCGAAAUGCAUUGGUAAUUUCUCCAUGACUAUCACAGUAUUGGCGUUGGGCAUAAAUCCUAUCAUCGGUGAGAUUCCUAGAGCAAUCGGAAAUCUUGUGAACUUGGAAAUCUUGUGGAUGCAAAACAACAUUCUUUCAGGUGCUAUCCCAUUUGAUGUGGGAAAUCUUCAAAAUCUAACAUAUCUAAGUCUCGCAGAUAACAAUCUAUCUGGGGAAAUUCCAUCCUCUUUGCAAAAUAAGAAAUUGAUCAAAUUAUAUCUUGAUGGAAAUCGACUACAUGGGCACAUUCCUUCACAUCUAGAUAAGUGUCAAAGGUUGAUGGACCUAGAUCUUUCUAACAAUAAUCUCAAUGGUUCCAUAUUUCCAGUAGUUAAAACUCUCCUCUAUUUGAACUUGUCUCAUAACCAUUUGAAUGGGGCCCUUCUGGUGAAAGUAGGACAAAUGGACCAUUUAAAUUCUUUGGACAUUUCAGGCAAUAAAUUUAGUGGAGAAAUUCCGAGCACACUCGGCAAUUGUGAUGGACUACCAAUACUAAAAAUGAAGGAUAACCAUUUCCAAGGAUCCAUUCCUCAAUCAAUUAGAUCAUUAAGAAGUAUUGAGGAAUUGGAUCUUUCAAAUAACAAUCUAUCAGGUAAGAUUCCAAGGUUCUUAGAGGCAUUUGACUUCCUGAAAAUUCUGAGUUUGUCCUAUAAUGAUUUUGAAGGCAUGUUACCAACUGAAGGAGUCUUUAAGAAUGUGAGUGCCACAUUUAUUGCUGGAAACAAGAAGAUAUGCGGAGGAAUCCCAGAAUUUCAACUCCCUAAAUGCAUCUUUAGACACUCCAAGAGCAAAGGAGUUGUUCAUAUAUUGAAACUUACGCUCUCAAUUAUUUUUGGGCUUCUAGGGUUGGUUCUUGUUCUGAUUUUUGUGUACGUAUGUCAGUUGAAGAAGAAGAAAGCAAAAGAACCAACUUCAAGUUCCAUAGUUGAUACCUGGCAAAACUUAUCUUAUGGAGCUCUCCUUAAUGCAACCAAUGGUUUUUCUUCAACUAAUUUAAUUGGUGUCGGUAGUUUUGGAUCUAUUUACAAGGGAAUACUCCAGGAGAAUGGGGUUAACAUUACUGUGAAGGUGCUUGAUUUAACACGUCAUGGUGCUCUGAAGAGCUUCAAUGCUGAGUGUGAGGCUCUUAAGCAUAUCAAACACCGAAAUCUUUUGAAGGUACUAACAGUAUGCUCAGGCAUUGAUUAUAAUAGAUAUGACUUUAAGGCAUUGGUCUAUGAGUUCAUGGUCAAUGGAAGCCUCAAUGAGUGGUUGCACUCAUAUCCAAUACCGGCCGAUGCAGAUGGAUCUUCAAAAUAUGAGUCUCAUUCAAAGGAUAAAGAUUUCCAUUGA